UUCUCCACCGACCGGGAGAGGGACGGCUUCCAACAACCAGGGUUUCGGGAAAACCGAGAUUCUGAGGCUGUCCUAUGCUGGAUUUUAUCGUCGUAAAGUACGUGAAACCAACCUAAUUGUGGAUAUCUACGGUUUUCUCGGCGGAUCUGGGAUUUAAGGAACAAAUAACAAGUUUCUUGGUAUCCGCGAGCUCCAAGGUUUCCCCUGGAUCUAGCUGCAUUUUUCUUUUGCUCCGCUGUAGUUGGUGACGCGGCUCAACAGCAAAAUAAGUGAUCUGGAAGAAAUACCAUUGGAUGUUUCUUUUUCACAACGUUGCCUUAAGUAUACAUUAACUCUUUUUCUUGUGCACUGGACGCACUUUAAGGGCCUUACAUAUUUCAGCGCCGGGAUUUUAAAGCGUUUUCUCUGGCCAUCAAAUGAGUUGGCUAAUGUUAGCUUGCUAGCCUUGUUUAGCUUGGUUGCUAGCUGGCUUUUGCAAGUGAGCCUGUUUGAUGGCCUGUAAGUUUUGAUACAUGGUUUCAGAGCUUUAAUUAUCAUCACAUUUCUUGAAAUUGGUGCGUCAUGAUGAUUUCAGUGAUGGCUAUUGAUAGAAGUUAAUAAAUGUUGCUGCAAACAAUUGCCAGCACAGCAAAACCAUGCAACAGAUCCAAGUACCCAGAUAGCAAGCUAGCAGACUCCGAUAAUUGUCCAAUGUUGGUCUGGUUUGUGAGGCCUCUGGAUUUUUUCCUUCGUGUGGCGAACAUUUCACAGACCCGUUUCUUUUUUCUGAGUUGGUGGAUUUUAUAAUUUUUAAUGGCUUUGAGGAUUAGUGUAACUUUACCGUUAUAACUGAGGCCAAAACAACAAAAGGAUAACUGGUCUCAGAUUACAUUUCAGAUAAAGAACUGUUCCUGAAAACAAAAGAAAAGUGGACUUGAACAACAUCUAAGCAGUGCGAAGAUGAUGUGCGAGGUGAUGCCCACUAUCAGCGAGGCUGAGGUGGGGCCGGGGAACGGCAACGGCAGGGGCUCGGGCUCCCCGCUGCAGUCGGACUCCGAGGGCCACUUCGAGUCGCUGAUGGUGUCCAUGCUGGAGGAGCGCGACCGGCUCCUGGAGACGCUGCGGGAGACGCAGGAGAACCUGGGCCUGACCCAGAGCAAGCUGCACGAGGUCAGCCACGAGAGGGACUCGCUGCAGAGGCAGCUCAACUCUGCUCUGCCACAGGAGUUUGCAGCGCUGACCAAGGAAGUGAACAUGUGCCGCGAGCAGCUUCUGGAGCGAGAGGAGGAGAUCGCAGAGCUCAAGGCAGAGCGCAACAACACACGGUUGCUGCUGGAGCACCUGGAGUGCCUGGUGUCUCGGCACGAGCGGUCCCUGAGGAUGACGGUGGUGAAGCGGCAGGCCCAGUCUCCAGCCGGCGUGUCCAGCGAGGUGGAGGUGCUCAAGGCCCUCAAGUCCCUCUUCGAGCACCACAAAGCCCUGGACGAGAAGGUGAGGGAGAGGCUCCGGGUAGCACUCGAGCGGUGUAGUGCCUUGGAGGAACAGCUGACAAACACUAACAAGGAGAUCAACUAUCUCCGCGACCAGAACAAUCAGAAGAAGGUGCUCAUUGACGGCGGCACGCCAGAAAUCAACCACAACUCGGAAAGCCUGCCCAGCACCAACGGCAAGCGGUCGUCGGACGGCUCGGAGGAGGAUGCGGGGCGGUGCGUGUCGGACCUGCAGGAGCUGCUGGAGCGCCAGAGCAAGGAGGUGGUGCAGAUGAAGGAGCGGCUGGUCUGCCUGACGGGCCGCGUGGCCGAGCUGGAGGAGGACCUGGACACCGCACGCAAGGACCUCAUCAAGUCCGAGGACAUGAACACGCGCCUGCAGAGGGACAUCCGCGAGUCGAUGGCCCAGAAGGAGGACAUGGAGGAGCGCAUCACCACACUGGAGAAGCGCUACCUGGCCGCUCAGAGGGAGGCCACCUCGGUACACGACCUCAACGACAAGCUGGAGACCGAGAUCGCCAACAAGGAGUCCCUCUUCCGACAGACGGAGGAUAAGAACCGUCAGCUGCAGGAGCGUCUGGAGCUGGCGGAGCAGAAGUUGCAGCAGACCAUCAGGAAGGCGGAGACACUGCCAGAGGUGGAGGCCGAGCUCGCACAGAGAGUCGCCGCCCUCACCAAGGCGGAGGAGCGCCAUGGCAACGUGGAGGAGCGGCUGAAGCAGUUGGAGGCCCAGCUGGAGGAGAAGAACCAGGAGCUGCUCAGGGCCCGGCAGCGAGAGAAGAUGAACGAGGAGCACAACAAACGUCUGUCGGAGACGGUGGACAAGCUGCUGUCGGAGUCCAACGAGAGGCUCCAGCUCCACCUGAAGGAGAGGAUGUCGGCCCUGGAGGAGAAGAACACGCUCAUUCGUGAUCUCGAGCACACUAAGAAGCUGAUCGAAGAGGCUCACCAUGAAAAGGAGCAGCUGCUAAUCCAGAUUGAGACCAUGAGGGCUGAGAAUGAGCAGGGCCGGAGCAGGAGUAACUCAAUGCUGCACGGGCGCUCGCAUUUGGGCAGCACCCCGGACUUCAGGUACCCGGUGUCGGCGUCCUCCAUGAUGGACAGCCACUCGGAACACUACAACAGCGCCCUGGUGCUGCGGAGGCCACAGAAGGGCCGUGUCGCCGCCCUCAGGGACGAGCCCUCCAAGGUGCAGACGCUAAACGAGCAGGAGUGGGAGCGCGUGCAGCAGGCCAACGUUCUGGCCAACGUGGCGCACGCCUUCGAGAGCGACAUGGACGUGUCGGACCUGGAGGACGACCGCGAGACCAUCUUCAGCUCGGUGGACCUGCUGUCCCCCGCCGGCCAGGCCGACGCCCAGACCCUCGCACUCAUGCUGCAGGAACAGCUCGACGCCAUCAACAACGAGAUCAGGAUGAUCCAGGAGGAGAAGGAGAGCACGGCGAUUCGUGCGGAGGAGAUCGAGUCGCGGGUGGGCAGCGGCGACAGCCUGGGCGGGCGCUUCCGCUCCAUGAGCUCGUUGCCGCCCACCCUGCUGCCCCCGGGCCACGCCGACUCCGGCUCCUCCCCGCCCGGCUCUGGGAACUCCACCCCCCGCCGGGCCACACGCAGCCCCAACCGAGAGGUGGACCGCAUGGGGGUCAUGACGCUGUCUGAGCAGGAUGACAAGGCCACCAUCCGGUGUGAGACGUCGCCGCCCUCCACCCCGCGCUCCAUGCGCCUCAACAAGGGUGCCAUCCACGCUGCCAGUCACGAGGACAUCCGGGACAUCCGAGGUAUCGCCGCCCUGCAGGACGGCCAGGGCAGCAACCCCAGCAGCAGCAACAGCAGCCAGGACUCCCUGAACAAGGCGGCCAAGAAGAAGAGCAUCAAGUCCUCCAUCGGCCGCCUCUUUGGCAAGAAGGAGAAGGGACGGCCGAGUCCCCCAAGCAAAGACUCCAGCCUGGCCGGCACCCCUGAGUCGGAGAGCUCUCCAGACGCCCUGGCCCUCGGCAAGCUGGGCGGCCCCUCAGACAAGAACAGGAAGCUGCAGAAGAAGCAUGAGCUGCUGGAGGAGGCUCGGCGGCUGGGUCUGCCCUUCGCCCAGUGGGACGGCCCCACGGUCGUGGUCUGGCUUGAGUUGUGGGUAGGGAUGCCCGCCUGGUACGUGGCGGCGUGUCGUGCCAACGUCAAGAGCGGCGCCAUCAUGUCGGCGCUGUCGGACACGGAGAUCCAGCGGGAGAUCGGCAUCAGCAACCCGCUGCACCGCCUCAAGCUGCGGCUAGCUAUACAGGAGAUCAUGUCCCUCACCAGCCCCUCCGCACCGCCCACCUCCAGAACGGAGGAUGACGAGGGCACCUGGGCGCAGACUUUGGCAUAUGGCGACAUGAACCACGAGUGGAUCGGUAACGAGUGGCUGCCCAGCCUGGGCCUGCCUCAGUACCGCAGCUACUUCAUGGAGUCGCUGGUGGACGCACGCAUGCUGGACCACCUGACCAAGAAGGACCUCCGCGGACAGCUCAAGAUGGUGGACAGCUUCCACAGGAACAGCUUCCAGUGUGGGGUGAUGUGCUUGAGGCGUCUCAACUACGAUCGCAAAGAGUUGGAGAGGCGACGAGAGGAAUCGCAAAUGGACAUGAAAGACGUGCUGGUGUGGAGUAACGAGCGUGUGAUCAGCUGGGUGCAGGCCAUCGGGCUGAAGGAGUACGCCAACAACCUCGCGGAGAACGGCAUCCACGGAGCCCUCAUCGCCCUCGACGAGACCUUCGACCACAACACCAUGGCUCUGCUGCUGCAGAUACCACAAAACACACAGGCUCGAGCUAUACUGGAGCGCGAGUACAACAGUCUGUUGAACCUGGGCACCGAGAGGAAGAUGGAGGAGGACGACGAUAAAAACUUCAGGCGAGCGCCCUCUUGGAGAAAGAAGUUCCGUCCGAAAGACGUGCGGGGCAUGAACAUCGGCGCGGCCGACACGCUGCCCGCCAACUUCCGGAUGACCAACAGCACCGCCUCCUCCCCCGCCAUGCAGCCAAAGAAACUCCAGAUGGACGGAGCGCAGAGGCUGGACUCUGCCACGGUCCGGACCUACUCUUGCUAACCCGGCCUACGGGCCCAGCGCAGCCCCGCACUGACUGACUGGCACCAUGUUUAUGCUCAUUAUCUCUAUAGGUGAUGACUUUGCUGAAGAGGUGGACCUCUCACCGAGCUGAGCUCUAGACUGACGAGGACGAGGAUGAGGAAGAGGAUCUCAUUUGCAAAUCUCCCCUCCCCCCCGAUAGCCUCGAGAACAGAUUUUAGAUGUAAUGAUUAUUAUAUUUAUCUGAAAUACCAAUGGGACAUUUCAUUUUAUGUAGUUCUGUUAUGUCUGUAUGUAAAAUUUAUAUUUUUGUUUGCCCCCUUGCCCCCGCACCACCUCUCCCAACAUGGAGACAUGAUUUUGUCUUUGUUACUUGUCUUUUAUCAUGCUUAACUGUCAGAUGUAACUGAAUGUAUCAUGACUCUGAAGUUUGUAUAUUUAUCUUACAAACAUUAUCUAAUCUUUUUACUCUCACCCUGUUAUCGACCAGAUGUACUUUUUUUUCUUUCCUCUCUGCCCUGUUUUGUUUGUUGUUAAUCAAAACUUAAGCUCAAGUGACUUUAUUGUGUGAUUUUUAACUUAAUUUUUUGUUGUCCUUUUUAGUCUUUUUUUUUAAUGCAGCUCUUUAGGUCAACUGUAUUAUGUGAAUAUCAGUACAGGUGCAAAACCGUAAAGACUGAAACUUCUCCUCAAACUGAUGAAACAUGGAUGCUUGGCAGUGGUGCAUGACCCACCCACACCUUUUCCCCUCUUCACCCCGACCGCCACCACCUGUUUUUGGGGACCCUUGUGUGAAGUGACUGGUCCCCCUCUCCUGCUUAACCAAAACGGAACUCUUGAAUAAGCCAUAAAUGGUAGCGUCAACGAGGGCUACUUUUUUCAGAGGCUUUUCUUUUCUUUUUCUUUUAAUAGACAGAGGUGUUUCCCACCGAAAAACCAGGUUGUCCGGUGAUCCUCACGUGCUGAAACUCUCCAUUCCUUUUUUUCUCACCCUCUGCACAAGAGACACGUGCAAAAGCAAAUGCUUCUGUAUGACUGUGCGUGUGUUGAGUGAGGUUGUGUGUGUGUGACUGUGUGUGUGACUGUGUGUGUGUGUGUGUGUGUGUGUGUGUGUGUGUGUGUGUGUGUGUGUGUGUGUGUGUGUGUGUGUGUGUGUGUGUGUGCGUGUGUGUUGCGCUGAAUGCUUCUCUCACAGGACCAAUCCCACUGUGGCCUCAACACUAACCACAUGCCAGCCUCACCAGAUGGGGGGUGCGGCAUGAUCCCACCAACUUUACACAGCUUGACUCAUCCCUUUAUCAAGCCUUAAGCUUCUCUUUCUCUUUCUCCUUCUCCUCUUGUUUGUGUGCAUUGUUUUUAUUUCUAUGUACUCUCUCCAUUCUUUUUGUGUAUCCUUUCAUCAUCGUAUAGGCCUACUUAGAAGUUGCCACUUGUUUUGCCCUUUUCUCUUUUGAAUCAUCUUCAAGGCUGGAUGAUUUUUUUUCUGUCAAGGACAAUAAUAUUGUGAUCAGGUCCCUAUGAACUUUCACGAGCAAAUAAUAUAGAGGAACUGAAGGUGUACCCCCUUAUCCUCCCAGAAAGUGCUGACAUGUUGGUAGUUUGUCAUUGUUAUUUGUGCGAUAGGACUUUAUGCACAUUUCAAAAUCAUGUUUUGAUGUCCUGUUUUGAAAUGGUCUCCCAUAUCACGGUUUAAAACUCUCCUGAUCUUGUAACAGAAAUGAUGUACAGUCUGAGUACUUAUGAACUAUUUUUAUCACAGUAUUAUUUAUUGCUUCCUUUCAAUAAAAUACUGAAACUUA